CCGUAGAUUUUGCACACUUUGAAAGAUGGCCGACACGUGGCGCCACCUCUGCUUCUUCCGUCCCCCACCAAAUUAAAAUAUUAAUCGAAAAUUAUUAUGGUAAAAAAUAAUAUUGAAGCAGUAACAUCCAGCAUAUUUUUGGUAGUCAAAAUGAUUCAAAGAAAGUUCGUAAAAUAUAUCAGAGCAACGAAUUUGUUUUAAUCUUUUUCUUCGACAAGUUGCUACGUUUACGUUACUGCAAUGUAUUAGAUUGACAGUUUUCUAGAUAAUAAUGUUCAGAUUUUUGGGUAAUAAAUUAAGAAAAAGAAUACAAUUCAUAUAAUAAAUAAUGUCAUUCAUGUAUAUACAUGUAUUUAUAGUGAAGAUAGUAGCAUGAAAUCAUAUUUUGCACUCACUGCACAACAAUUUUUGUUUCCGUUAAUCUGAAUUUAAUUGAUUGGAUGAACGUAGUCAGGUAAACGACGUAACAUAACCUAAAAAUUCAAAGCUCAAAAACCCAAACAUGUCUUAUUUUGGGGUAAUCUCAAGAAGAAUAUCUACUACGGCUGUUUGUAAUGGCAAAAGGAAUUUCAAAAAAUUUCCUAUUUACAAUAAAAGGGGUUCCAAGAUUUUCAAGAAACAACAAAUGGAGAAUCCAGAUCCUGAAGUACCCGUUCAUAAAAGGGGAGUUCGAGAUGUAGGCUAUCACAAUGGUGAAACAUUUGUUUUUAUCCCAGAAAAGAUCCCAGAAAUUAUUGUACCAGACCUCACCAACUGCAAGUUGAAGCCAUACGUGUCUUAUAGAGCUCCUGAAGUAACACAGUCAGAAUUCACAGCUGAGGAUUUGUUCUAUGUGGUAUAUGCACCAAAGAUUGUCAAAGAUUUUAAAGAAGGUAAAUUAGACGAAAAUGGACAGCCUCUUGAACCUUCCCCAGAGGAGAAACUGUCAUCUGAAGAAGCUAAACUCAAAGCCAGGCAAACUGGCUCAGAUAUAUUUUAGUGGUUUCUUAUGUACAUAAUUGUUAAAUUAACAGGUUAAGCUUGAGUAAUAGUUCUGAAUAAAAUGGUUUUAAAGAUGGAGUAAAUAUGGCCAUCCUUAGCUUAAGGGUAAAGAGCAGGUGUGCUGUCAAAAACAGUACAAUGCCUAACUACAAAGUUGAUUUCUGUAUUUCAAAUGUUGCAAGUGCCUCUUAAUUUAUUAUUUAUUGGAUAAAAUGUUUGCUCUUAACAAUAUUCAGGGUUUUUUCUGAAGAUGUGGUGAUAGGGGCAAAUAGAGGUCUAAUAAAAAUUGAUAUGUUCUUCAAUUUUUUUCUGGCUGUUAGAUGAAAUCACACUUGUAGGGUUGAUUGUUUACUAACAUUUUAUCAUAUACAAUGGUAUAAAAGUGAUGAAAAGUAAGAUUUAAACCUGAAAAUUCUAUUCAUGAAGCAUACUUUUUCAUCCAGCCAUAGAUAAACACUAUUAUUAGAUUAUCUCUGAAGGUUUAAGUUAACAUAACUUACAGUGGCAUAUCCCGGGACACUAGUGCACAUUUUCAUUAAGACCCUUGAACAAAAACUAGAAAUGAUUGGGGAUGGCACUUUAUCCACUUAUUUAUUAUGAUGAAUAUUACCUACUGAUUACUGAAUGAUAUAUUGUGGGAAUUGAUAUUCAGUUAAUUUUCAAUCCUAUGAAGUAAUUUGCAGGUAAAACAUGAAUAUUUUAACUUAAAAAUGGGUAAUAACAGAUAUUUUUGUAUGAAUUAUGGUUACUUUUACUAUCAACCCAACUCUGAACUACUGAAUGUAUGGUGUAUCUGAAGUCACUUGAAAUAGCAUAAAAACCUUUGGUCGGCGCGUCCUUUGUAAUUUCAUGACAUAUCAUAGGCGUGCGGCAUUUAUUUAGAACGAUAAUAAUAAGGUUUUUAUAUCACAAUAAAUGGAUUUUACUAUCUUCUUAUUUUUUUGAUUUGGGAUAAAAAAUACUUAUAUUGGGAGUUUAAUUUAUGUUGACUGAAAGUUAAGAAAUGGAAAAAUUACAGAAUUCCAACGUUUGACAUAGGCAAAUAUUUACAUAGCAGGUAGGUAUAUAAAAAGGUAUAUAAAGACUUACAUUAUAGGUAUUUAUAUAUAAUCCUCGC